UUACACUCCUCACGUUAUGGCGGCAGAACUACUAUCAUUUUGGCUCCUUCUGGUCUUUUCCAGCACUCUGAUUUCAGGAGACUCUUCCUUGAGAUUAGAUAAUCUGACAUUUGUGGUGGUGGAUGGAAGGGGUGGGCUGGAUUGCUGGCAGGAUUCAGUCACUCGACUCAGCCAAGGACAAAUCCCAGUGGUUCCAAGACCAUAUUGAUGACGUCAGGUCUAUCGACAUGGGGACCGUUCCCCAAUUUAUACAUACCCCACUGACCCCUACAAAGUUACAGUCUGGGAAAAUGGACUGCAACAGCUGACACAGGUGGGCAUCAGACAGCAGUAUGAGCUGGGGCAAUAUCUGAGGAUGAGAUAUAAACAUUUUCUCAGCCCAUCAUAUAGAAAAGAAGAGAUCUACGUGCGCAGUACAGACUAUGACAGGACCUUGAUGAGUGCUCAGGCCAUCCUGGCAGGAUUGUAUCCUCCAGACAGAACCCAGCGGUGGCACCCAGAUAUUCCAUGGCAGCCAAUACCAGUGCAUACAGUGCCGCUAUCCCAGGAAAGACUACUAAAAUUUCCUUUCAAAGAUUGUCCCCGAUUCUAUGAACUAUUAAAGGAGACCAUUCAGCUGCCAGAUUAUAAGAACAGGAUGAAUGCAUGGAAGGAUUUCAUUGCAAGCAUUGCAAGCUACACUGGUUAUAGUGUGGAUGAAGCAGUCCCUCAUCGAAUAUAUGACACGCUCUUCUGUCAGAAGUCUCACAACUUCAGUCUACCAGCCUGGGCCACACCAGAUGUGUUGAAAACAUUGGAAGAGAUCACCGCUUUUGAAAUUAAAGCACACACAACACUCCACAAAUCUAAAGAGAAGUCUCGCCUCACUGGAGGGAUUCUUGUGGAUGCUGUGCUUCAGAAUUUCACAGAAGCCAUUAAGACAUCUCCACCACAAAAAAUGGUGAUGUACUCAGCGCAUGACACCACCAUCAUAGCUCUACAAGUGGCACUGGGCGUUUAUACUGGAAUUCAUCCACCAUAUGCUUCUUGUCACAUAUUUGAAUUCUACAAGGAAAGUGAUGGCACUUACAGUGUUGGAAUGUACUAUCGGAACGAGUCAAAUACAGAUCCAUACCAGUUAGUGUUGCCAGGAUGUACUUCUCCGUGCCCAUUGCAGAACUUCUCUCAGCUUAUGGCACCAGUUAUCCCACAGGACUGGAGGAAGGAAUGCCAAAUCCAGAAGGAACAAAAAUCAGACAGAACCAUUUUAGCGUUAUCCAUUGUAGUGGGAAUACUCUCCGUUUCACUUCUGUUCAUCCUGUUUUGGGCUUUGAAGUCACGACCAGAAUAAUCCUCAUGGCCCCUCAUUACAUCUGAGCGACGCCAGCCCAUGACCACCAUCGCCGCCCCUUCUAUACGUUUCGGUGGGCUCUUGCUUAGUGGUAAUCCGACUACACACCAUACAGCCACAACUUGGAUGUUUUCCUACACAACGGACAAGUUUGUCGCCU